AUGGAUACAGAUGAUGGUUUUGAUUAUUUGUUCAAAAUUGUGCUCAUUGGAGAUAUGGGAGUUGGCAAAACUUGUGUAGUUCAACGUUUUCGAAAUGGAACAUUUGUUGAUAGACAAGGAACGACAAUUGGUGUGGAUUUCACUAUGAAAACGUUGGUUGUUGGUGAGUUUUUUUCUUUUUUUUUUGUGAGAAAAUAACUAUUUUGAUUGGGAAUUUGCAAAAAUCCACAUUUUUCUAAUGAAAAAUGCUUGGUUUUGGUGUGAAAUUUGAUCUACGUCGAAUUUCAAUUUUUAUUUCAUUUCAAAAUAUUUUUUGAUAAAAAUUGUUCCUACAAAAAAGAAGGAGAAGAAGAAGAAAAUCGAUGAGAAUUUUUCAGCUGCUUUUGAUGAAAAAGUUCUUUUGAAGCUUCUGAGUUAUAUCUUUAAAUUUUGAAAAAUUGAUGAAUUCGGAUAAUUUUCAAAAAUUUGAAAAUAAUAAAGAAAACCCGCGUGUCCUCAAUUACGUGGCGUUUUUCUCCAUUUCCAUUUUUAUUUACAGACGGAAAACGUGUAAAACUCCAAAUCUGGGACACCGGCGGCCAAGAACGUUUCCGAACAAUAACCCAAUCAUAUUAUCGAUCUGCAAAUGGAAUUGUCUUAUGUUAUGAUAUGACGUGUAAACAAUCAUUCUCAAGUUUACAACGAUGGAUUGAUGAUGUUUCGAAAUUUGCCGCCCCAAAUGUUGUCAAAUUAUUGAUUGGUAAGAGAGGGUUUUAUCUAAAAUUUUCAUCGGAACUCAUAAAUUUCGUACAAAAUGAUGAUGGGUUUUUGAGAGCAAAAAAAUGGGAUGUGGAAAAUUGUGGGUUUCCAAAAAAAACGGGGAAAAUUAAUUGUAUAUUUGGAAUUUUUGAUUUGAAAAUUAUAUUGUUGAAAAUUUUCUUCUGUGCCAAAAAACUAGAGUGUCAUUUUUCUGAAAGACAUCUCAAAAAUUCAUAGAGUUUUCAAAAAGCACAAAUGUUUUGUACCCUAAAUUUUUUAGGCACAAAAUGUGAUUUGGAAGAUCAACGAGCCGUCGAUCGAGAUGAAGCUGAAAUGCUCCAAAGAGCCAAUGGAAUGUUUGAAAUGCUCGAAACAUCAGCAAAAGGAAAUGUGAAUGUUGACAACGCAUUUUUGGAGCUGGCCACAAUUCUCAAACGCCAAUACGAUCAAGGUGUAUUAGAACAAGGUGCAAAUGGAACAUUUCAACUGGGCGCAGGUGGAACAACAAGUAUUGGAUCAUGGAAUAAAUGUUGCCAAUUUUCGUGA